AUGACGGAAAUGUACUCGGGGCUCCACGUGGACCAACGAUUUCCUUCCCUGGAGGAAUUUAAAUCGGUGAUCCGGAGCAUCUCUGUUCGACAGCAUUGGGAGCUUCGCGUGAUACGAAGCAACAAGAAGAGUGUGGUCAUUGGCUGUCGAUCAGGGGCCAAUUGUUUUUUCCGUGUGGUGUGUCGCUCGAACAAGAACACGACCUAUAUCACUAGUCUGCAGGACAGCCAUAGCUGCCGAAGGACUGGGGAUUCCCCUACCCGGACACCAGUACGCUCAGAAGCCUCACAUGUACGAUUCUUACUCAGCGAGAUUCCGAGACUUUUUGAUAUGAAGGCAAAAAUAAGGAGUCAAGAUGUCGUGGACGCUGUGAAGCGUUAUCAUGGAUAUGACAUCUCCACGAGGCAAGCGCAGCGUGCAUUGAUCAGACUGCAGUCACAAGAUUAUACCAAUCACAACGACCAAUCUUUGAGUCUAGAUAUGAGUACAGGUGACCAGCACUCGCCGACCCAGUCCCAGACUGAAUCGCAGGGCGAUGCAGGGCCCGCGUACCGGGACAUGUCAGAGACUCGCUGGAUAUCGGACCCUCUUCAGCCUACGUUGAUGGAGGAUGACGCUGUAAAUGCUAAUGAACCCCCAGAUAAUUCUGUGGCGCCAACGCCAGUUCAGUCUGUACGGGUGCCUCAGAUACCACCUCCAAUUGGAGACCCAGGCCAGUCUGCGAUGGGUAAUGACCCACGCCCUAUGACCGUAUCGCAGCCUGGAAUUGGAUACUCAAGUGCUGCUGCUCUACCAAUAGCAGGUACCUCACAUUUUAAACCUUCCGACUACCCACCACGCAAUGACCACCCUGGAAUGCCUCAGAUGGUGAUUUCGGAUUUCAAGAUUGAAUUUACCUGCACAACCUGUGGAGCUCUGAAUCAAAGCUUCUUCCCAAACCAGGGAAAUGUUUCCGGUAGCCCGUAUAUGACACAUCAUGGCGUUCCAAACCCAGGCACAGUCACACGACAUGGUGACCCUUCUCAACAUGGUCCAGAUGGCAACCCCAGUGAUGUUGCUGAGGAUGAUGGUUAUCACGUCAACGCUCUGAACGCCCGGGUGAUGGAAGAUCCUUGGGCAACUGGUGAUUUGGGAGUAUCUAUUGGUCCAACAAAUACCUAG